AUGGAUGGUGUAAACACAGUCAUCUUGCUCCUGAUUCUGGCUUUGAUCUGCCUGUUUCUGGCCCUCAGUUCAAGGGGCAAGGGUCAUCUACCCCCAGGACCUAAACCACUCCCAUUCUUGGGGAACCUGCUGCAGCUGCGCUCCCAAGACAUGCUGACCUCCCUCACCAAGUUGAGCAAGGAGUAUGGCUCGAUGUACACAGUACAUCUGGGGCCCAAGCCAGUGGUGGUCCUCAGCGGGUACCAAACCGUGAAGGAGGCACUUGUGGACCAGGGGGAGGAGUUUAGUGGCCGAGGCGAUUACCCCGUCUUUUUCAACUUCACUAAGGGCAAUGGCAUCGUCUUCUCCAAUGGGGAACGGUGGAAGGCCCUGAGGAGGUUCUCUAUCCAGAUUCUGCGGAACUUUGGGAUGGGGAAAAGGAGCAUUGAGGAACGAAUCCUGGAGGAAGGAAGCUUCCUAAUGGCUGAACUGCGGAAAACUGAAGGCGAGCCUUUCGACCCCAAGUUUGUGCUGAGCCGCUCAGUGUCCAACAUUAUCUGCUCAGUCCUCUUCGGUAGCCGCUUUGACUAUGAUGACGAACGUCUACUCGCCAUUAUUCGCCUCAUCAAUGACAACUUCCAAAUCAUGAGCAGCCCCUGGGGAGAGUUGUACAACCUUUUCCCAAACCUUCUGGACUGGAUACCGGGGCCACACCGUCGCCUCUUCCAAAAUUUCGGACAUGUGAAGGAUAUCAUUGCUGUCAGUGUUCGGGACCACCAGGCCUCUUUCGACCCCAACUCUCCCCGGGACUUCAUCGAUUGUUUUCUCACCAAGAUGGCACAAGAGAAACAGGACCCGCUGAGUCACUUCCACUUAGAUACUCUGCUAAUGACCACACAUAACCUGCUCUUCGGUGGCACUGAGACUGUGGGCACCACGCUGCGCCACUCCUUCCUCGUGCUGAUGAAGUACCCAGAAAUACAAAACCGCAUACAGGAGGAGAUUGACCGUGUGGUGGGGCGUACGCGGCUGCCAUCGCUAGAGGACCGCGCGGCCAUGCACUACACGGACGCUGUGAUCCACGAGGUGCAGCGCUUCGCAGAUGUCAUCCCCAUGAAUUUACCGCACCGCGUUAUACGGGACACGGCCUUCCGUGGCUUCCUGUUACCCAAGGGCACUGAUGUGAUCACUCUUCUCAACACCGUCCACUACGAUCCUAGCCAGUUCCGGACGCCCCAGAAGUUCAAUCCUGAGCAUUUUCUGGAUGCAAAUCAGACUUUCAAGAAGAACCCUGCCUUCAUGCCCUUCUCAGCUGGGCGCCGAGUGUGCCUGGGAGAGUCGCUGGCGCGCAUGGAGCUCUUCCUCUACCUCGCGGCCAUUCUGCAGAGCUUCACGCUGCAGCCGCUGGAGGCGCCCGAGAACAUCGACCUGACCCCGCUCAGCUCGGGUCUUGGCAAUUUGCCACGGCCCUUCCAGAUGUGCCUGCGCGCUCGCUGA